UUUCACUUCACACAGAGGAGUCGUUCAGUAUGGCCACAUGCUUCUGUUUAUGCUUAUGGAUUUUUAUCACGUUUUGGUGUUGCACAGUGUGUGGUACUGACAUUUCCUGUAGAAAUGAAGCUGGUGAGCCUGUUGAUUGGUUUAUCAUCUACAAACUGCCCAGGGAUAAGAUUGGUGAGGUUGGCAGUGGGGUAGACUACAUGUACCUCGACUCCUCAGUAGGGAGUUGGCAGAUGAGUAAAUUCAUGGUUAACACCAGUCAAGGAGCUAUAGGUAAUACACUGAACCAGCUCUACAUGGGAGAGGCCUACAAGUCUAACAGUUCAGUCUAUGCACUCUACAAUGAUGCACCGCCGAUCCUGAAAUACCUCAAAGGAUAUGGACACACUAAAGGGGUACUGCUCUUUAACCGCUGUCAAGGUUUCUGGCUGUCGCACAGUAUUCCCCAUUUCCCCUCGUUCCCUGAGAAAGGUUACCUUUACCCCUCCUCUGGCAAAGUCAACGGCCAAACUGCUCUCUGUGUGACCUACCAGUAUGAACAGUUCCUCCUAAUAGCAAAACAGAUGGCGUAUCUUUACCCACGUUUCUAUAACUGCUCUGUGCCUGCUGCAUUCUUGGCUGACAUGCCGCAGUUGGCUCAGUUAUGUAAGGGUGCAAAACCACCGUUGGCCUCAGAUAAGGCAGUGGAGCAGCUUUUCUCAAUGGAAGGGGAGAAGUUUGUCAAUUUUGUCAAAUCUGAACGCUUUGUGGAUGACAUCUACACAGGCUGGGUGGCUCAGGCUCUGGGUGCUGACCUACUGGUGGAGACCUGGCAAACACAAGGUCACGAGCUGCCCUCCAACUGCUCCCUGCCAAAACACACAAUGAACAUCAAGAGGAUUCAGCUUCCUGGAUCAAUCCUGUUCCUUUCCCGCCACGACCAUUCAAAGUGGUGCGUGUCGAGGGUCUAUGAGGAGCAGGUGACCUGCCUGGGGGAUCUGAACAGGGAGAGGGCCCAAAUGUGGCGUGGUGGGGGGCUUGUCUGCUCCUUCAACCCCUUGAUUUACAAGGCGUUCAGACAGGUGGUGGACUGGUACAUUGGUUGUUGAACAAGAGAAAACGGUGUGACUACAUGUUUAAUUAAUAAACUAAUCAUGAAGUGUUUCAUGGUCAUCAGUGACACAUUUAUGUAAAAAUUAAAUUCUUUUUUACUAUUUAUGUUUUUUGUGGAACUGCAUUAAAUGUUUCUAACUCUGAAUAUAUUCAAAUUUUAAAAGAUCACUGGUGGUGGUGGCCUAAAAAACUGGGAUGAAUCUAAGUGGGGAAAGUGCAGACUCUGAAAAAGGAAGCAGUUUGCUCAAUGAAGCUUUCAAACUGUCCUGAAUAAAUAAAAAACAACAUCCAUGACUGUA